GAAGCUGUUUACAUAAACUGUACAUUUUUCCUGAAACAGUAUCUAUACAUUGCAACUCAUCCUACGGUGAACUAUCAAGCACUUUAAGUUAAUGGCAGCUGAGAAAGCAAGCAGUAGUCCAGUGCAGUGGAGCAGCCACCAGGGGAAGUCUACAUACACAGCCACUGGAGGAAGAGAUGUCUUAUUCAUUGUCUCUGACUCUCUCCCUAUUUCCACACACCCUGGCAUUUGCGACAAAGCAGUACCAAGACAGGAAAACAUUCUUGGACUGAGUGACAAUGAAGCAUGCAAGUUGGAGCACCAGGGGAUUACCAGAGAGAGCCAAGACUGUGAUUUGAAUGUCAUGGUUACUAGGCACAAACUAGAUAAGAGGCACCGCGUGGUUGGUGUGCUGAGAGAGGCCAGCUGUGGCCGUGUGAAAAGAGAAAUUAGUUCACUGAUGAGCACAACAGAUAAGGAAGGAGUGAUUGUGUGUUAUAUCGGUCAAGGGAAGAUGGACACCGGAGACUGGUGCUUCAAAGAUGGCUUCUUUAGUUUUCAAGACCUGUCCAAACUCUACAGAAGUAACCCUCACUUUCAGGGUAGAGUCCUCUCUAUCAUUACCGACUGCAGUUACUCUGGGCACUGGGUUCGACAAUGUAUGGAGCUCAUGGACGGUGAGGGAAUAAGUCCGUGUGGCCACUCGGCAAGAGAGAAAGGCAUUCUAAUUAAAGUUCUAGCUUCUUGUCAACCCACAGAAAUUCCGAAGAAGCUUUCAUUUUCUGUGUACAGUACAAAGAAUGAGAAAAAUUCAGGCCUUCUUUCCUUCCCCACACACUAUAAGGGAGCACAAAUUCCUGACAAGCAACGGCCAAGUGGCAUUGACUUUACGUACAUCACUUGCAAACGUAGCAUCGACAGUCCUUGUGCACUAAGUAAGGGAUACUCGUGGAGAAAAUGGCAGGAGGCUCUCAGAAUGCAACUAUUCUCGACCGUUGAGAAUGGAAAACCAAUGUGGUACUAUCUACUGUUGACUGAGGAGGAAGAUAAAGUUAGAGAGUUCAAAGAAAAGACAGAGGCUGGAAAAUGUUCUGUUAAACUCUCGGAGUAUGGACAUGUGCUGAUGAAGGGAAUUGGAGAGAGACCUAACAAUGAGGCUAGAGACUACAUUCACAAGAAAUACUUACCAGUAUACACAUAACAACUGUAGCUAUAUACGUCUUGUGCAGUCUGUGAUCUUACUAUAAUUCUCUGUUUUAAUUAUACAACAAUGCACUUGCAA